UACUUUGUCAUUGUCAAAUUAUGAAAAGAAAACUGAAGAUUAGGGUAUUUCAAGAAAAUUAUUGUUCUAAAUACAAAAAUGUGUCAAUAAAUAAUUACUCCCCUCAACCACAAAUGUCCUAAUUUAAUACUUUUAAGCCAAUAUAAAUGUUUAUAAACUUUGGCAAUAAAUACUAUAACCUUAAAACACAUGUACGGUAAAAGAUUUUUGUAUAGUAAAGUAGUUAGAGUGAGUAGCGUAAGAUAUCUUAAAAACGGAAGUUCUAAGAAGCUGUUGGAAUUUCUAGCCACUAUGCCGAAACAAAAUUCUGCUAGGAUUAGCGAGGCACAGCGUCAAAGACAAGUAAUAUCAAAAAAGUUUGAAAAAUAUGCUCCAAGCACUGUUUAUUUACAAGUUCUUGGUUCAGGAGCAAGGGGAGCACCCAAUUCAUUAUACCUUUUCACCGACCAGAAGCGAUACAUGUUCAACUGUGGGGAAUGCACACAAAGAUUAGCCCAUGAACACAAAGUAAGAUUAUCCAGACUUGACCAUAUUUUCAUAACAAAUAAAACUUGGAAGAAUAUUGGAGGUCUGCCGGGACUAUCUCUUACUCUUCAGGAUGUGGGUGUACCUAACAUUACAUUACAUGGACCAGAGGGCUUAGAUGAAUUGUACAAUGCAACAAGGAGGUUUGUUAUAAUGAAAGACAUGAACGUGACAAUGGCAAAAUGCAGCCCAAGUGAAGAUUUUGAAGAUAAUGUUAUGACAGUCAAAUAUAUAAUUAUGUCAAGCACAGACGAAAGUAUAUUACAAACUGAAUUGAAACCUCUUAAAAAAAAGCCAAAAUUAGAUGAAACAAUACAAGAAAAGGAGUAUGAAGAAUUCAUCCAUGAUGACACGGAUUAUUAUAAACGGGACAAUGAUCAAGGGGAUAAAACUAAAAAUAACAAUACAUAUGCAAAACCUAAAACGAAACAUCCAUUUGAUAAAGAUGCUUAUAAGAAAAAGGAAGAAAAAGUUCUGUAUGACUUGCAGAGAAAUACACACAGUUGUGUAGCCUAUAUAUGUACGCUUAAGAAACGUUUAGGUACUUUGGAUCUCGAAAAGUGUGUACAAUUUGGUGUUAAACCUGGCCCUCUGUUAGGACAACUGAAAAGUGGCCAAGAUGUCGUCUUACCUGAUGGUACUUUGGUACAUUCAAAGGAUGUCAAAACACCUGAUGAUCCGGGCCCAGUGUUUAUUGUUCUGGAAGUACCAGAUCUGUCAUAUUUGCAAGAGUCGGAUUUUGCAUUGCAUUUCGACAAUGGCACCAAUCCCGCGGAAAACGUUCCAACACUAAUAGUACACUACACUCCACCACAUGUCCUGCACCAUCCUAAAUACAGCGAGUUUAUGUCAAAGUUUGGUCCAAAGACCAGGCACUUGGUGCUCAACUCACAGAACACGUGCCUUGGCUCGGAAGCCGUGCACAGGACGCAGCACAAGUUGCACUUACUGGAUGCUGACGUGUUUCCGUUGCUACGGGACGUGAGUGUUCCGGCUACCUGGGCACCCAGCGUGGCCACAACUCCCACUAGUACUCCCACUCCCGCACGGCUUAAGGGACUCGACGAACUCAAGAACAAGAUCGCGGUGGCCCAGUUCCAGAAUAUAAUCAGUAUGGAGGGGAGCGCGGGGGACGGGGACCUGCACGCGGUAGACUGCAACAAACUGGAUCUCAUAGCUGGACGGACCCUUACCAUGUUCCAUCUUCGACCUAAAAGACAGCUCGAUAGAUCGGCGGAACCCAAGCUUCAUAUCCAGGAUUACAUCAAAGAGACCAUGGAUGUGGACGGGUUCGUCGGUAGCCUGGAACACUUCAGACGUGUCGUGGACAGCAUGCGGUACACGAAAAACGACCUUCAGAAGGAAUACCCGAAGGUCGUGUUUCUGGGAACCGGCUCCUGCAUACCCAGCAAGACGAGGAACACAAGCGCUAUCGUUGUACAAAUCGAUGAACAUCAUUCGAUGCUGUUAGACUGUGGCGAAGGCACCUUCGGUCAGCUGGUCCGUUUCUAUGGACCAAAGAGGGUCAACGGUUUCUUGAGGACGCUGAAGGCUGUUUAUGUGUCACAUUUACAUGCAGACCAUCACCUCGGCUUAUUUGGGGUUCUGCAAGCUCGUAGGGAAGCCAUAGAAGAGACGGAGUGUUCAGAACCUCUGUAUCUCCUCGCUCCAGGUCAGAUAGUCACCUGGUUGUCCAUGUACGACCAUCAGUUUGAGAGUAUACGGAGCGAUUUCACACUUAUACCUAAUCAGAACUUGUUGGAGGCAAAAAUUAACGAUCCAUCAAACACGGAUAUGACGUCAGCAGUACUCUCGAGUAUCGGCAUUCAGCACGUCGACACGUGUCUGGUGUCGCACUGCCCUAACGCGUUCGGUGUUGCCAUACAAGUUGACGAACAACACAAAAUAACAUACUCAGGCGAUACAAUACCGUGCGAAGAAUUAGUUAGAAUUGGUAGAAAUUCCACUCUACUGAUCCACGAGGCGACUAUGGAGGACGAGCUAGCGGACGAGGCUCGCCUCAAGAUGCACUCCACCACCACCCAGGCUAUAAACAUCGGCCAACAGAUGAACGCCAAGUACACAGUACUGACACACUUCAGCCAGAGAUACGCCCGCCUGCCCCGGCUCAACUCACACAUACUACACGACAACAACAGCGUCGGCAUCGCCUUCGACAACAUGCAGAUAACAAUGAGCGACCUAGACCUCCUCCCACACAUGUACGCCCCCCUGCAGCUGAUGUUCGCCGAUCAUUGCGUUGAUUUGGAGAUGAAAGCAGCCAAUAGAGCGCGGCAGAAGGAGAAGCGGCCAUCUUCCCCGCCCAUAGACACGUCCGUCAGUGAGAAUCAGCCUCGACGCAUCCCGUCUAAUUCUCUACCGCCGUCGAACCACAGCGAAAGUAGCGUGCCAAAUCAAAAACAAGUAUGCAAAAUAAACGCGAAGCGAUUCUGCCAGAACAAAUCGCAUUCACCUCCGAAAAUAGCAAAUAGUAAAUUGCCAAACCAAUCAAACACUGGCAGCAAAGCAAGCUCCCCGGAAAGAAUUAACACUACUGUAAGCAACACUAACGAAGCAUUGAAUAUUGAAAAUACAAAUGGAGAUUGCGUAACAAAUAAUGUGAACGUACCUCCAGUCGCAGCUGGUCCGAAUACACUCACAACAAAAAAAGAAACAAAAAGAUACAUAAGUCCUAAGAUAAUUAAGAAAAAUACAACACCAAACUCUUCGCCUUCCCGGACAGCAUCUGACGCUCUGCCGGAUGUUCCGGUGGGUUACGGUAAGGCCAUGGUCACACCGGUGAAAAAGCAACUAGUCCUGCGAAAAGAUAAUAAAACACCACCAGCUAACGAAAAAUCCCCGAUGCGUUUCGGGAGAAUGCCCUCACCGCAAUGCUCAUUGAAAGAUAGCAAACAGCCUCCAAGUCCCACACCGAAUAAACGGGAGAACACAAGCAACUCUAGAUUGCCGACUAGGGAGACCUCCAGGACCUAUGAGAGAGCACGAGGCCUCUCCGGUACAGACGCGCAAAGUGUACACGUGACUAACACACGCGGGAUAAGACCAUCAAACCAAUCGACAACACCGAAUAGGACGGCUAUGAGCCCGAGGAGACAGUCAUUGGAAAGAAAUACCAACGAUACGAGGAACACUUCUCCCAACAAAGGCGGAACGUGCCAAACGUCAUAUGCCCAUAGUACAAGAGCUUCAACGCUGGGUAACCCACCUGUUACUAGGAAUGUACGUAACAGGCUGCCGGUAACCAGGAGAGGAAGCUGCACCAAAGAGAACAUUAGAUCCGCUCAAGGUUUAAAUCGCAGCAAUAGAAGUUUUCAACCUGAACUAGAGGACAUUAAGAGUUCGUAUUUGUUAUUACGCGAUAAAACUGGAGAUAAAAGACUAAGAAAUAAAGUCGAUGACGGUGUUGUGGAAUCCAAACCUGCCCCGUUAAAUGAAUUUCAGAGACAAGCAAAUCUAAAGGAAUGUAUGAGAAAAUUUCGAACUAAGCAAUUUUGGCAUGACUCAAAGUAUGAAAAGAUAGAGGGACUGAAUUGGAUAACAUGGAAAUAAAAAUUGUAAUGUGAAGAGAACUCAUUUAUCAUUGAAGUUAUCAGUGAAGUUGACAAGUGCUAUGUAAUUUAUAAAUAAAAAAAUUGAAAAAUAAUCUUUCAAUUUCUUUAAGAGCUUGGCCCAUUACCAUCUUUGUCCUUCUGAUCCUUAUCAUCUUUUUCAUCUUUAUCUUUCUUAAUAGUUGACAUGGCAUUACGAAUUGCUUCACUUUGUGGAUCUACUCCAGGUAGGUUCUCAAGCACGCUUUGCAGGAAUGCAGGAUCGUUCAUAACCUCAGCAUAUUCUUCUGACACAUCCAUACUCUCUUCAGCUUGUGGUGCAUCUUGCUGCAUGCUCAUCUGCAUAGCUAGAGCAAUCUGUUCCU